AUGGUGCGGUGGCUGUACCUGUCCGGGCUGGUGUUCGCCGUGCUCAUCCCAGCUGGGUGGCAAGUGGCUCCCGAGGGCUUGCAGGACCUCUCCAGAUGGACGCUGUUCGGACCCCGGGACUCGCGGAGUUUCCCUUCCCAGGCCAAGCGUCACUCGGAGGGGACCUUCAGCAGCGACUUCACGCGGUACCUGGACAGGAUGAAGGCCAAGGACUUUGUACAUUGGCUCAUCAACGCCAAGAGGUGCCGGGAGCGGAGACAGGGGCGGGAUUGGGAUUGGAAACACCUCCCACCACCCUAA